UUUGCGCUACUCUGGCAACCUGCAGAGUUGCCCUCAUCACGCGCAUGAAAGGUGCUCUGCAACUCCCGGAUAGACUGAUAUCACAGAGGGGACUACGGAAAUGCAGAACAUCACAGACAGCGAGUUUGCACGCGAAGUGGAAGCACUGAAGGCGCAUAGGCGUGAAUCGGUCAAUCGGCACAUCCUGGAUCCGGACCUGCCCGAUUUGGCAGCGGUGCUGAGUGGAUCGUCAUCCUUGCCCAUAUCGGGCAAUACAGGUGGUAUAGUCGAUCGCUCGCUCAGCGCUGUUAAGACAGCUCAGAGCAGUACUGGAAGCUUGGCUAGAGAAGGCGUAGGGCUCAGCGACAAUGGGCCGGUCGCGCGAGGACCCGGUGGGAGGGGCAACGAAGGCAGGCAGAGAUUCACGGCGCGGCGGAGGGGUCUCGGAUCCUCCUCAAAUGCCGAUGGCGGCGACGAGGAAGGUUCGCCUUCGUCUGCUUCGCGCAGACCCCAAGUCUCCCCGGUCAUGCAGAGUGGCGGAGCAAACAACGAGCAGCUGGAUCCAUCCCAUCUGUUCUGGGUGCCAGCUUCAAUGCACCCAGAAGUCUCCCCCAGCGACUUUCGCAAGUUCCUGCACGAGCAUGCUUCGCGUGCCGUAAGAGAAGCAGAAAAAUCGGGGCAAGAUGGGCCGGACGGUCAAGGGUCAGCCGGACCUGCGAGUGUCAGUGGUGACGAUGUACAUCCGGCAUUGCAAGGCAUCAUCCGGAGGCCAUCCAACAGCAUCAGCGGGAGCGGAUCCUUACGAGCAGAUCUCAUCAGCCGCUCGACCUCGCUGAGCAGAAGGGCUAGUACGCUUCGACGGCAGUAUCGUCCUGAGAUUGACACGGACACCAACGAUGAUGACAAGUCCGCCAAGUCUAGCGCACCGAAGUCGCCGCUUGCGCGGAGUUCCAGCAAGCGAGACUUUGAAGGGCCGAUGCUGACGCUAGAGGAUCUGCAGAAGCUGGAACAGCUGGCCGAAGAAGCAAGCAAGGCGCAAGAUCCCAGUGCCCUCCGAAGUGCCCUCCAUCGAACAAUCAGCAUGGGCUCAAACGCUUCUGCCCUCGACCGUGUCGAUGACAUGCCCGCCGAAGUGGAAGAUGCCGAUUCGCCGAUCAUCCUUCCGCGGCCCGGACAGAUUCUUCGAAGGGCUGCGCGGACGAAGAUCCGGAAGACGUCAUUUGGGGAAGGGCAGAGGCGACCUUCGCGCAGGAGGACGGGAGCCGCAUCGGGGAGCGUCAUAUCGGAAGACACCACGGCGAGUGCAGUAGACCUCGCAGCGAUGCCCCGAGGCGACUCGUCCGUGCUCGAAGAAGAUGACAUGCAACGGACGCAAAGCGGGCAAUCUGCUGCGUCAGGAGAGGAAGAAGGGCUGCAGAAGCCUGGCAGGCCGCUUUCCGACGAGGCGACCGAGUCGAUUGUCGAUGCGUAUUCAAGAGACUCGUACCUGUCCGAUGCGUCGCAACGAACGAGCGUCACUUCUCUCACUGAGUCGGUCUCUGCUUCGAUCCCAACCCCAACCUCCGAUGCCAGCGUGCGAACCGAGCAGCACAGUGCACCACUCACUCCUACACAGGGACGGACUGGCGCAACCUCCCAACCUAGUGACUACUUCGACAUGCCCGCCGACCCUCAAGGGACCCUCAAGGGCGACUCCAGGUCGCGCAUGCUUACAGACAUCAUUACAGAGUCGCCACCUGGAUCUCCGGUCAAAGAGACCCCCCCACUUGCGCCCGUUCCUGCACCCGCACCCGCUGUCGAGCAUGACAUGGCACUGGCUCCGAAUCGGAUCUUCCCGGUGCACGUACAGCACGUGCCACCGCAAGCUGCCUUCGAGAAAACACGGCCUGCUCCGCUUCCACCUCCACCUGCGCAAUCAAAGUCUCCUCUCCCUCCUUCUCCUGAACAGCCGCUCCAACCGCAUCCUCACACUUCCUUUUCGCUGACCGGUGGCAUCGCACCUGUCGCGCCGAAGAUCGCCACUUCUCCAGCGCUUGCGUCUCAGCAGGGCCCCAUCGUGCCCGCGCAGCAGCAACAAUACCGGCAGCAGCAACAGAAGCUCCCGCCUCCGUCGAAGAGCAAGGAGAAGGAGAAGAAAAGCGGCUUUGCGUCCUGGUUUGGCUUGUCGAAGGACGAUGAUGAAGAUUCAAAAAAGGCGGCCAAGCUCAAGAAGAAGGAGGACAAGGAAAAGAUGAGGGCGGAUGACGAGGGAUCAUCCGGCUUCCUUGGCUCCCUCUUUGGCAAGAAGAAGGGCUCGGAGGAGCCCAUGCAGCAGUUGCAUCAGCAGCGAUGGAACAACAACCAGAUCACUGCUGGGAGCCUUUUGGACAGGAACGUUGCCGGGGGUGCGCGUCUGAUCAACAACCAUUACCGCUAUCCGAUCCACGUUGAGCGAGCCGUCUACAGGCUCAGUCAUAUCAAGCUCGCGAACCCGCGGCGGCCGCUCUACGAGCAGGUGCUUAUCUCGAACCUCAUGUUCUGGUACCUGUCCAUCAUCAACCGCAGUUCGACCGCGUAUGGAGCGCCCACGGGCGAGUUGGUCCAAGGCGCUGGCAACGCACCAGGGACAACUCCUCCCGUGGAGAUCGAGCGCACAGAGGAAGCUGAGCAACACGUGAACCACAAGCCGGCCAAGAGCAAGAAGAGCGGGCUGGUCAAACCGAAUCGUGCACCGCCUGGACGCAACACGGCCGAGAUGCCAAUCGCCGCUGCUGGUUAUGGCAAGCAGCAUCGGCAGAUCAACAGCGAGAUGGCGCUGCAACAGCAGGGCCCGCAGCACAACUCGUUUAUCGCAUCGCAGUACAAUCUGCAGAGCGCUUUCCAUUCCUCGCAGUCGAGCUUCACCCCGGGUCAAGUCGUGGACGCGCAGGUGCUCCAGGGGGGGCACGGAACUUCGUCUUAUGCAGAUCAUGGCAUCAACGGCGUUUCUGACUCGCCUCCUGCGACUUACGCAGCGGCUGCAGCUGCAACAAGUCUGGACGCGUCACAGCGACAACAACAACAGCAGCAAAAGCAGCGCUGGUCUGAUGGAUCGGGCUCGGACAAAAGUACCUCACCAGAGGUGGUAGGACAGAGGGUCACGGGGCGAGGCUACAGCGAAGGACAACAGCACAAUGUGCCGGAAGAGUUUGGCUCUCAAGGCAAGCGCCAAGGGCCUGGCUUGAGCCUACGCAGAGUGAGUGACAGUGUGGAGUCGGGCGCAUGGCUCGGAGGCAACGGGUCCGGCACCAAAGGCCAGCGCCGUGCUGUGUCGCCUGUCGAAAGCGAGCACGCAUGGCUCGGCAGCGCUUCUGGCAGCGGCGGUGGAUCCAAUGGGACUUCUGGACCUUCCGGUGGCAAUCUGUGGCAGCAAGCCGGCUUGAGCGGCGACGCGUUCGGCUCUUCUGCCGGUGCGGACAUUGACCAUCGGCGAAACCUCAGCGAGCCGAUCCACGCCGAUUUUGAUGCGGACGCGCGGCAGCGGAUGCGCGCGAGCGAUCCGUCGCGCAGCGCAGGUCGUGGGGGCGCCACCUGGCAGGCGGCAUAUGGUGCAGCAGCGGCGGCGGCGGCGGCGGGGGCCAACGGUAGCGUAUACAGCUCACCAGAUCUUUGGAUCACCCUGGCCGACGAGGCACAUCGCGAAUUUUCUGGGGGCGCAGGGCAGCGCAGCGUCAGCGAGGGUUCUGUGAUGUCCGCUGCCCCUUUGGCCACAGGGGGCCACAACGCGUCGUACCUUUCCAGCAGCACCUCGGAUCCCACUUCCCUCGGUGUGAGCAGCGCGCAAGCAGCAGCGGCAGUCGUUGUGGCCUGCACACCGGGCAUGACGACCAACAAGCAGCAGCAGGGCAAGGCCGUCGUCGCUACCCGUCGCUCGCCAUCUCCGUCGCGGCACUCUCCGUCAUUGCAAUCGGCGUCGGCCUCACCAUCACCUGCGUCAUCCGCGGGUCUGGCUCAAGCGCAGCCGCAGCUGCCGCCGCUUGACACUGCCGUGCUGGAUGCCGCUCGUCUGGCGGUGCAAUCGCGCAGGGCGCGGCCGUGAUACCGGACGCAACAGUGCGGGCUACUAGCGGCAGGAGACCACGAUCGACCCCGAGGUGUUGGCAUGUUUGUUUGUACUGUACUCUGAUUUGGAUCAAGA